AUGGAGGCGGAGAAGCCUUUCACGCGGUCUAGCACACUUGCUAGCACCAACUGGGCCGAUGAUGUUGAGGAGGAUGAGGCGGAGAUGCAGAGAGUGGAGAGCUUGCAGGGCCUGACCUCUCCCCGCUCGCCCUACCCGACCAGCCCAGGGCCGCAAGCCUCCCCCAGGCCGCACUACCCUGGGGAGGAGCGGCCCCCGUACGACGGGCCUCCGUCGUUUGCCGCUGGCCCGCCGCUGCCCGACCGGCCCCCGUUCAAAGCUUAUUUGGGCAACAUCCCUUACGAUCUGGACGAGGAGGUGGUGGCAGACUUCUUCCAGGGCCUGGAGAUUGUCGACAUCAUCAUCACCCGCCACCGCGACACCGGCAAGCCCAAGGGCUGCUUCGUGGAGUUUGGCAGCCAGGAGCAUUUGUCCAAGGCGCUGUCUGCAGAUGGCGAGCCCAUGAUGCGGCGCCCGGUGCGGGUCCAAGUGGCGGAGCCGCCGCGCCGCGAGGGCUUUGGGGACCGCAGGGUCGGCGGCGGCUUUGGGCGGCGCGACCGCGAGGAGGAGGGCGGGUUUGGGCGGCGAGGAGGCUACGGCGACCGCGACCGCGGCGGCGGCUACGGCGAUCGGGAGCGGGGAGGAGGAUACGGCGACAGGGAGCGCGGCGGCGGGUACGGCGAGAGGGAGCGCGGCGGCUACGGCUUUGGGGGAGGCGACAGGGAGCGGGACUGGGCGCCUCGCCGCGGCGCGCCUGCCGCAGCAGCAGGCGGCGGCGAGGGCGGCGGGGGACGGGGCCGGGGCGGCGCCGCGAGGGUGGUGCCGGUGCCCGCCCGAGGCGGCGCGCGCGCGCGUGGCGAGGGCGGCCGCGGCGCCGGGCGCGGCCGGGGCGGCGAGCACGCAGGCGAGCACAAAGAGCACAAAGAGCACAACCACGGCGUCGGGCGGGGCGAGGGGCGCGGCGGCCGCGGCGGCGGCCGCGGCGGCGAGCAUGGCGCGCGGGGCAGGGGCGCGGGGCGCGGCGAGGCGGGGCGGGCAGGCCCGCACGACGCGCCGCGGCAGGCUAAGCAGCAGCCGGACGCAAAGCCUGGCAAGGCGGAGCACAAGGCUGGCGGCGCGGUGCCCGACCAGCUGCGCGCAAAGGGGUAUGUGCUGAGUGAGGAGGAGGCUCCCAAGACCAAGCUGGACAACCCGUUUGAUCUGCUCAACCUGGCAGACGAGUGA